AUGGCAAAGAUAGAUGAUGAAAUUAAGGAAAUUAAAAAAUCUUCGGUCAAUAGCACACUUACUGAAACGGAAAAUCCCAAUAUUACUCCUGAAUCUGAUAUUUCUAACGACACUUCAAAUUCUGAUGAAUCCAAUAAUGCUUUUUUGGAAUUAUCUGAAAAUGUAGAUCAAGAAACUGGGACAUUAGUACC